UCAUCUGUCUGACUGAUGGAAGUCUCUCUGUCUUACAAAGCUCUCUCAAAAUUUUAAUUUAUUAUGUGGAAGUGGAGUUUACUGAAUAACUUACGCCAAAUUGUUGCAUUCAUGUUUAAAUAGAUGCAUAAUUAUAAUCUUGAUCGUCUGCUGUACCCUCAGUAGCUGGCUUAAACGAGCUUGAAGAGUGCAUACAGCAGCGGCAAAAUGCCCUCGACGCAUUUGAACCUGCGCGAAGACGACGUGGUGCGCCUGUCGCUCGAGUUUCUCCACAACCGCGACCUGCACAUAACGCAGCUGUCGCUCGAGCGUGAAACUGGUGUCAUCAAUGGUAAUUACGCUGACGACGUACUAUUCCUACGACAACUCAUACUAGACGGACAAUGGGACGAUGUCCUAGAGUUUAUUCAACCUCUCAGCGCCCUUAAGGCUUUCGAAGCUGACAAAUUCAAUUACGCCAUUCUAAGACACAAAUACAUAGAACUUCUAUGUAUACGAUCAGAAAUAAAAGCUUACAAUAAUGUGGAGAAUAUAGUCGACGAAGUUGUUAAAGUACUUAGCGAUCUUGAAAAAUUAGCGCCUUCUAAAGAAGAAUACUCAAAUCUAUGCUUACUUUUAACUUUACCAAGUAUUACAGACCAUGCACAAUUUAAAAAGUGGAAUCCUAGUAACGCUCGCGUUCAGUGCUUUCGCGAAGUGUAUCCUUUAGUAGAACAAUUUUUACCCUGUGACAAGAAAUCAAGUGGCACUGUCUCUAAGUGUGCUAAAAAUGAUCGACUUAUGCAAUUGUUGAUAAAAGGAAUCCUGUACGAGUCUUGUGUAAAUUACUGCCAAGCUAAAGCUACAGGGUCGGAGACGCAAUCAAAUGAAGUUAAUUUCUCCAGACUCUUAGAUGGGUCUGGCUUUGAUGAGUCCGAUUUGAGUUUACUGUCUUGGCUGCAGUCCAUUCCAGCAGAAACUUUUAGUGUCCCUUUCGAGCAGAGAAUGUUGAAUGUUGAUGUCGAAAAAUUGGAGCGUCCCUCACUGCAUACAUCAUGGACGGAACACAUGCUCGUAACUCCCAUCAAGCCUCGCACAUUCCCGCAUUUAGCGAUGCCUUUCCGAAGGCCACGCUCGGCCGCCGACGCCAUGACUAGAUCGCUGCGGCCGCUGCCCGACGGGGCUCCGAGGCAUCCAGCGGUAAUGGCGCUGUCGGCGAUCGAUUACGGUCCAUCAACUUCAUGUUUUGCCGGAUUUCAUCUCACUGGCAUUAAGGGAAGUAAAAUAAUGAACACCUCUGUUGAUAGAUUAUUCGAUAACAAAAACAGUGAAAGCAUUUUUAACGGUUUGAGCGAUUCUCUGAAGCCGAUCAAUGAAAAACUGAAGCCAAUCGGCGAGUUCACCGCGUCAAACAAAACUAACGAAGCAAGUAGCAUCGGCGCCUCGAAUGCUACCACACCGGAACACCGGGGGCAGGACUAUUCGGCGUCCACGUCGAUUUCAACUACUGCAGCGUCAAAUUCCUCACUCGCCGAGCGACCGCCGCAGCAAGCUGAAGCGGCGGCUCUGCCCGGCCCUGACGGGGAUUUCAGACGAGAGCUUCUGAAGGAAUAUCAGAUGCAGAAACAACGAGAAUGUGACGAUUACCUGCGCAACCUACAUUCCGCUGAUUUACGGCAGCAAAAAACCAUGGACCCAGUUGGGGAUGCUGGAUCACCGUUUCCACCGCCCGUUAAAUAUGGCCAGCAGCCGCCAGUUGACAAAAUGAGACAAGAACAACAACAACAGUACGCGAGGAGAAACGAUAUGAACGAGAUUUCGGAAAUCGGCGAGCCGUCCAAUGUAAGAAUCAUUUACUUUCUUAUUAUGUAGUUAAUCCACUAAAUAUUAUACUUUUGAGUGCGAUACUUAAAGUCAAAGACUACGUGUUGGU